GACAUUCCUACAGAUAACCGCCCAGAUGACUGCACCGGGAACUCCAAGUCACUUGUGAUCACUUCAGAUGUUAAAGCAGAUGAUGGUGGUGUUACAAAAGAUGCAUAUGAAGCCCUUCACAGGAAAAAUGUAUCAUCUAAUGCUUUUACACAGGUUUGUUCUCUGGAUUCAUCACAGACUGUAACACAAAAUAACAGCUACAGAGGAUUUGUUGAACAUCAAAGAGCUCUCACAAGAGAGAAGCCAUUUUCAUGUUCAGAAUGUGGGAAAUGUUUUUGCCAGCAAUUGGAUCUUGUAAAACACAGAAGAAGUCACAAAAGGAAGAAACCAUUUUCUUGUUUAGAAUGUGGAAAAUCUUUUAAACAGAAAUCAUAUCUGGCUAAACAUGAGAGAACUCACACAGGGGAGAAGCCAUAUUCAUGUUCAGAAUGUGGGAAAUCUUUUACUCAGAAAUCAUAUCUGGCUAAACAUGAGAGAACUCACACAGGGGAGAAGCCAUAUUCAUGCUCAGAAUGUGGGAAAUAUUUUAGUCAGAAAACAGGUCUGAUUAGGCAUCAUAUGACUCAUACGGGAGAGAAGCCAUUUGUGUGCCCAGAAUGUGGAAAAAGUUUUACUCAGAGUGCAACCCUUGUCAACCAUCAAAGAAUUCACACAGGAGAGAAACCGUACUCAUGUUCAGAAUGUGGUAAAUUUUUUAGCAAGAAUUCGCUUCUCGUUAGACAUCAGAGAUUACACACUGCUGAGAAGCCAUUUUCCUGUUCAGAAUGUGGGAAAUGUUUUACUUCAAAGUCAUAUCUGGUUAACCAUCACAAAAUUCAUGCAGUCGUGAAGCCAUAUUCUUGUUCCGAAUGUGGAAAAAGGUUUCCAGAUAAAUGGCGUCUCGUUAGACAUCUCAAAAGUCACACAGGGGAGAAGCCCUAUUCUUGUUCUGAAUGUGGGAAGAAGUUUCCAAAUAAAUCACAUCUCUUUACUCAUUUAAAAACUCACACAGGGGAGAAGCAAUUUUCAUGUUCAGAAUGUGGGAAAUGUUUUAGUUCAAAAUCAUAUCUGGUUGACCAUAACAAAAUUCACACAGGUUUGAAGCCAUAUUCUUGUGGGAAACGGUUUACAGAUAAAACACUCACACAGGGGAGAAGCCAUUUUCAUGUCCAGAAUGUUGAAAACAUUAUUCUGAGAAAUCAUGAAGGAGGAGAAGCCAUUUUGAAGUACUAAAUACAGAAAGUGUUGUAACCAAAAGUCAGCUCUGAUUGUGCAAAUAUGUGAACAUCAAAGAACUGAAAGAAAAGAACAUUCUCACGUCUAGAUAAUGCAAAAUGCUUUACCUACAAAAGCAGUCUUCUUGAACGUUAAGGAAUUUGCAUGGGGAAUAGAGAUGAGCGAAUCGAUUCAUACAAGUAGACUCUCCUACUGAAGUAGUGACUAUGCAUGGGCCGCUACAUGAGCAGCCACCGCUCCAGAAGUGGAAGCAGAACGUCUGCGCUUGCGCCACUACUUGGAGCAACAGUGCAGACACGACAUUGUCAGAGCCAGUCAAGAUGUCCGGCCCUGUCAAUCAAACAUCAGGGGAACAUCUUCAACAAGGGGGACAACCCCUCACAAGUGAAGAAAUC